AUGUCGAUUCUUUAUUACACAUUGAAUAAUGUUGUGUUCACUAAUUUUGCUUUGUACUCAACGGCUUCCAUCGCUAAAAUGAUGUGUAUGGGUGCAUUUACUCUAACGAAACGAUUCUCUCAAGAUGCUUUCGCUAAUCCUGAAGAUUUAACAUUAGCCAGACAUCACUCAUCUGUAGUUACAACUAAUGAUCCAGAUGUUGAACGUGUUCGUCGUAAUCAUUUAAAUGAUAUUGAAAAUAUAGUACCAUUUGUACUUGUUGGCUUUUUCUAUGUUGCUACUAAUCCUAAUCGAGAUAUAGCUUAUUGGCAUUUUCGAAUCUUUUUUAUUUCACGUCUUAUACAUACAGUUUGUUAUCAAAUGCCAUUACCACAACCAGGUCGAUUUCUUGCUUGUGCCGUUGGUUAUCUUACAACACUUUCCAUGGCUCUACAAGUUCUAUUCUCUACUCGUCCAUAA